AUGGGUUGCACAUCUGCCAUCGUCUUCACCUGCUUCGGUGCCGCAUAUGGAACCGCAAAGUCUGGCGUCGGUAUCUCCGCCAUGGGUGUUCUUCGACCUGAUCUCAUCGUCAAGAACAUCGUCCCCGUCAUUAUGGCUGGUAUCAUCGGUAUCUACGGAUUGGUCGUUUCCGUCUUGAUCUCCGAUAAUCUCUCCCAAAAAGAAGCACUAUUCACCAGCUUCAUCCAACUUGGUGCUGGUUUGUCUGUCGGUCUUGCUGGUCUCGCCGCGGGCUUCGCAAUUGGUAUUGUCGGCGAUGCUGGCGUUCGCGGCACCGCUCAGCAGCCCCGCUUGUUCGUUGGCAUGAUUCUCAUCUUGAUUUUCGCCGAAGUCUUGGGUCUUUAUGGGUUGAUUGUUGCGCUGUUGAUGAACUCGAAGGCGCAGACCGAUGUCACCUGCUAG